GUGGAACAGGCCGCAGCGGCAGGGUCGGGGCCGCGGCGAUGCUGGAGGAGGCUGGCGAGGUGCUGGAGUCGGUGCUGAAGGCCUCAUGCCUGCCGCUCAGCUUCCUGCUGUUCGUGCCCGCUGUGCUCCUGCUCCUGGGCCCGCCGCCGGCCGCCGAGGCCGCCCACGAGUUCACGGUGUACCGCAUGCAGCAGUACGAGCUGGGCGGGCAGCCCUACGGCACCAGGAGCGCGGUGCUGAACACCGAAGCUCGCACCGUAGAAGCAGACGUCCUGAGCCGCCGCUGCGUCAUGAUGCGGCUGGUGGAUUUCUCCUAUGAGCAGUACCAGAAGGCUCUCCGCCAGUCAGCUGGGGCUGUGGUCAUCAUCUUGCCACGAUCCAUCUCUUCUGUCCCACAGGAUGUUGUAAGGCAAUUCAUGGAGAUAGAGCCAGAAAUGCUGGCCAUGGAAACCAUCGUGCCAGUCUACUUCGCGGUGGAGGAUGAAGAGCUGCUGUCCAUCUACGAACAAACGCGAGCUGCUUCCGCCUCCCAGGGCUCUGCCUCCGCUGCAGAAGUUCUGCUGCACACAGCAACUGCCAAUGGCUUCCAGAUGGUGACCAGUGGGGCUCAAAGCAAAGCUAUCAAUGACUGGCUCAUACCCAGUGUGGAGGGAAGGCUGACAGGGCUUGGUGGAGAAGACCUGCCCACUGUUGUGAUUGUUGCCCACUAUGAUUCUUUUGGAGUGGCUCCAUGGCUGUCACAUGGUGCUGACUCCAAUGGCAGUGGUAUCUCAGUGCUGCUGGAACUGGCCAGGCUGUUCUCCCGGCUCUACACCUACAGACGUACCCAUGCUGGGUAUAACCUACUCUUCUUUGCAUCUGGAGGUGGCAAGUUUAAUUAUCAAGGAACCAAACGGUGGCUGGAAGACAAUUUGGACCACACUGACUCCAGCCUGCUGCAGGACAACGUAGCCUUUGUUCUCUGCCUUGAUACUCUGGGCCGGGGCAACAGCCUUCACCUCCAUGUCUCAAAGCCUCCCAAGGAGGGCACCUUGCAGCAUGCAUUUCUGAGAGAACUGGAGAUGGUUGUUGCCAGCCAGUUCCCAGAGGUGAAGUUUUCCAUGGUGCACAAGAAGAUCAACUUGGCUGAGGACAUGCUGGCCUGGGAGCACGAGCGCUUCGCCAUCCGCCGCUUGCCGGCCUUCACCAUCUCCCACCUGGAGAGCCACCGGGACAGCCUGCGCAACAGCAUCAUGGACAGGAGGGCACGAAUAGACACUAAGGCACUAACCAGGAAUACCAGGAUCAUUGCUGAGGCUUUGACAAGGGUCAUCUACAACCUAACAGACAAAGGAGCACCUGCAGAUCUGCAGAUCUUCACAGAUCAGAUGCAGAUCCAACAGGAGCAACUAGAAUCAGUAAUGGACUGGCUGAGCAGUCAGCCCAGGGCUGCCCAGCUGAUUGAUAAAGACAGCACCUUCCUCAACACCUUAGAGUAUUGCAUGGGUCGGUACCUGAAGGACGUCAAACAGCAUCAUGUAAAGGCAGACAAAAGGGACCCUGAGUUUGUUUUCUAUGACCAGCUGAAGCAGGUGAUGAAUGCAUACAGGGUCAAGCCAGCAAUCUUUGACCUCCUUUUGGCUGUCUGUAUUGCAGCCUACCUUGGUGUUGCCUAUGUUGCAGUGCAGCACUUUGGUCUCCUUUACAAGAUGAUCCAGAGAUUGUCCCUUAAAACCAAGCAGCAGUGAAGCAAUGAGCCAUCACCCAUGCACCAAGCAGCUUUGAGCCAUCGGUGAGCCCAUCAAGAACCUCCUGCCUUCCGUUGAAUCCUGCUGUUUGUCUUCUUCUGUCUCCUCUUUGCUACUCUGUAGAGGGGAGGAAGGCAGCAAGAAAACGAAAUUUUAACUCCAGUGCACCUUUAAAGUGCUUUUCUUCACCUUCUUCCCCUGAUGUGCACCAUAUCUAUUUUCCUUUGCUUUCUGGCGAGGGAGAGGCUCAGAGACUUCAAUAGUUUCUGCAGGUUGUUACUGAAGGGCUGAUUCUGAGCAGCUUCCACGAGCAUAAAACCAAGCCCAGCACCUUUGUGGACACAUUUGCCAUACAGCCAGCUUAGAAAGUGAAACUACAGAGUAGAGUGACAAGUUCCCUCUGCCCAGCAGACAAAGACUUGGAGAAGCUGUUUAAAAGGGGAAGGGGGGGGGGUGGGGGGAAGUGCACAUGCAAAGUAAGGAGAAUAUUAUUAGCAUGUUUUCUUCUGGCAGCUCUUCCUGAAGUUCACUGCCUGCCUCUAGGAAGGUGUGCUGAGCAGGCAAUGUCUGCAGCAAGCAUCCCCUUGCAUUUUGGUGUGUGCAAUAACUCAUUCCCUUUUAGGAGGUGCACUCUAAACCAUUUUGUCUGUUCUUGGCAGGAGGAGGAAAGAUUGUUAAAGCUGGUUCCUUGUGGUGGUGUUCUAACCAGGCCAAGUUCUCUCCUGUCUCUGUUGGAGGAUGCAUUUUGUUCAUGGUCCUUGAAGCAGUUCACAGUUGCCACCACUCUGUGCUAAACUCCCUGCUUAGUUUUUAAGGGGAGUUCUACAGUCCCAACUGCUGCAGGAUUGGAUUCUGUGCUGAUCCUGGUAUGUCAGUGAGCUGGUUGUAAUUAAUAGCCAGAGCAA